CCAACUUGAAGUCCAAGGUGCCGGCUUCAAACACUUCCCGAGCGCAUCAACCGCAUCUCUCACCCCUGGCCUCGAGCCUCACUUGAUCAAGCCAGCACCACGAUCAUCUCACGACACGAAAGCCCAACCCCACCACACGAGACACCCCGACCCUGACCGGCGCACCAUGCCCUCAUUGUACACCAUCACCGAGCCGCACCCGACAGUCCCGCAGAACAGCUACACGCACUCGGGCCGGGGCGGGCUGGGCAACUUCUUCCGGGCGCCGGCGACGACGUCGCCCGCGGGGGUGCCGACGCCGGCGAGCUCCACGACGGCGGCCAGCACGCGGCGCUUCUACUCGGGCCGCGGCGGCGCCGGCAACGCGCACGCCGCCGGCCCGCGGCCCGUGCUCUCGUUCGACGAGGAGUUCACGCGCGCCGAGGUGCGCGACAAGACCGCCACCACGAGCCACUACGGGCGCGGCGGCGCGGGCAACAUCAUCAGCACCAGUGGCGGCGGAGAGGGGGACGGCGACUCGCUCUCGCGCCACGACUCGGCGAGCUCUGCCGGCAGCACCGGCAGUCGGCGGUCCUUCUGGGGCAGGAUCACCAGUGUCGGGCACUAGGUGUGCUCCCAGUGGGCUUGAUCUUCCUCGGUGAACGGGCGAGCGAGCGAGCCGGCCUGCCGGCCGGCGGCGUCGCGGUUCUUCUCUUUCGGUCUUUCGGUCUUUCGGUCUGCGGUUGC